CCAUGUGAGCCGGAGCGCGGGGACGAGACUUCCUGCCGCCGCAGGCCGGACCGGGCCGGGCGCCCGCAGAUGUGCCCCCCUCGGGCGCUCCCGCGCUGAGUGUGAGGCGAGCCCUCCAGCGCCUGCCCACCAUGUCGCAGAUGCUGCACAUCGAGAUCCCCAACUUCGGGAACACCGUGCUCGGCUGCCUCAAUGAGCAGCGCCUGCUGGGCCUCUACUGUGAUGUGUCCAUCGUGGUCAAAGGCCAGGCUUUCAAGGCCCACCGGGCCGUCCUGGCCGCCAGCAGCCUCUACUUCCGGGACCUGUUCAGCGGCAACAGCAAGAGCGCCUUCGAGCUGCCGGGCACCGUGCCGCCCGCCUGCUUCCAGCAGAUCCUGUCCUUCUGCUACACGGGCAGGCUGACCAUGGCGGCCAGCGAGCAGCUCGUGGUCAUGUACACGGCCGGCUUCCUGCAGAUCCAGCACAUCGUGGAGCGCGGCACGGACCUCAUGUUCAAGGUGAGCUCGCCCCACUGUGACUCGCAGACCGCCAUGAUCGAGGACGCCAGCUCGGAGCCCCAGAGCCCCUGCACCCAGCUGCAGCCGGCUGCCCCCGCAGCACCCCCCUACGUCGUGUCCCCCUCUGUGCCCAUCCCGCUGCUGACCCGCGUGAAGCACGAAGCCACGGAGCUGCCGCCGGCCGCCGGCCCGGGCCUGGCCCCCAAGCGCCCACUGGAGACGGGGCCCCGGGAUGGCCCGACGGUGGCGGCGGGUGCCACGGCGGUGGGCGCGGCCCCGCUCAAGCUGCCCCGGGUGUCCUACUACGGGGUGCCCAGCCUGGCCACCCUCAUCCCCAGCAUCCAGCAGGUGCCCUACUCCCAGGGAGAGCGGACCAGCCCGGGGGCCAGCAGCCUGCCCACCACCGACAGCCCCACCUCUUACCACAACGAGGAGGAUGAGGAGGACGACGAGGCCUAUGACACGAUGGCAGAGGAGCAGUUCGGCCAGAUGUACAUCAAGGCCACCGGCAGCUACGCAGUGCAAGAGAAGCCGGAGCCCGUGCCCCUGGAGAGCCGCUCCUGCGUCCUCAUCCGCCGUGACCUCGUGGCCCUGCCUGCCAGCCUCAUCAGCCAGAUUGGGUACCGCUGCCACCCCAAGCUGUACUCGGAAGGGGACCCCGGCGAGAAGCUGGAGCUGGUGGCAGGCUCCGGGGUCUACAUCACGCGCGGUCAGCUCAUGAACUGCCACCUGUGCGCGGGCGUGAAGCACAAGGUCCUGCUGCGGCGGCUGCUGGCCACCUUCUUCGACAGGAACACCCUGGCCAACAGCUGUGGCACAGGCAUCCGCUCCUCCACGAGCGACCCCAGCCGCAAGCCUCUGGACAGCCGGGUUCUGAACGCUGUGAAACUGUACUGUCAGAACUUCGCCCCCAGCUUCAAGGAGAGCGAGAUGAACGUCAUUGCCGCGGACAUGUGCACCAAUGCCCGCCGGGUCCGGAAGCGCUGGCUGCCCAAGAUCAAGUCUAUGCUGCCCGAGGGCGUGGAGAUGUACCGCACGGUCAUGGGCUCCUCGGCGGCCGGCGUGCCCCUCGACCCCGACUUCCCGCCCGCCGCAGCGCAGGUGUUCGAGCAGCGCAUCUACGCAGAGCGGCGGGGGGACGCGGCCACCAUCGUGGCUCUGAGGACUGACGCCGUGAACGUCGACCUGAGCGCCGCCGCCAACCCCGGCUUCGACGCAGCCGAGGAGGCGGACGGGGCCGGCUCGGUCAUCCAGGAGGUGGCCGCGCCCGAGCCGCCACCCGCUGCGGCCCCGAGCCCCCCGCAGCCCUUCGAGCAGGCGGGCGCGAGCUCCAGCCGGCCGCAGACGCCCGCGGCGCCCCGGAGACCGGAGGCGUCCUACGCGGGGACCUUGUAGAGGGGCCGCCGGGAGGCUCGCGGCCGGUACUAAAGCUGCUUGCAUGCGUUACUAAUACAAACAGAUGUGAUCAAGCCACUUACUACGGAACUGCUACUGUUGCCUGAAAAAAAUGUGAUUUUUAUCCUGCUUGUAUUUAAAGUUUAUGAAGGAAACAAAUGCAUUCGUUAUACUGUAAAGGGUUAGUCCACUGGUGACCUAGUUGCGAGGAAGGUCCCAGGGCUCCUUUGAUACCUGCGAGGUUCGUCUCCAGGCCGUGGGCCUCUGACCCCGCUCCGGGAGGGACGAGAGCCUGUGGUCCCCGGUGCCUGGGAGCCGGAUCUGGGGGCCAGUGGCCUGGGGCCUGUCUCCCGACCCUCGCUGCUGACUUGGGGGACCCCAUGCACCCUUUGGGGCCAGGGGCCAGGGCUGGGCCCACAGGGGCCAAACUCCUCCUUUUCCCUUAUUCCUAAGACUCGGGGGUCAGGCCUGCCGGGCCGGCUGCGUGCGUGGAGCGCCCACGAGCGCGUGUGUGAGUGCGCGUGUGUUUGAACGUGUGCAGGGGCAGCGGUGUGAGCGCAGCAGGGGGAGGGAGAGCUCCAUGCACCUCCAGCCUCCUGCCCGGCGUCUGGGGGCCCUCCCGGCCCCCUCAGCUCCACGGCCAGGGCAGCCCCGCUGCCCUUAACCAUGUUGGGAUUACAUUUGUUUGUUUGUUUUUGUCUUAAUUCAGAUCUAGUUCAUGUAUGGUUUGAAAACUUUCAGACCAAAAGAGCAAAAAAUUAGGGAGGAUUUGGUGUCCCUGCCCUCAACCCUCUAUGCCUGGGUCUGGGUCUCCUGUGGACCGUGCCUCGCCCUGCUCUGGCCCAGGUCCCAGGGAGAUGCCGCCGGGGUGUGUGACAGAGGAGGGUGUGGGAGCCCCUCGUGGCUGGGCUGGGCCUGAGCGGGUCCCGAAUUGUGCUGCAGACCCUGGGCCCGGGCGGCGGGCGGUGGGCAGGAGGAGCCCGGCAGCAGCAGGGCUGAGGAUCCAGAGCAUGGGGUGGGGAAGUGCAGUGAGGAGAGGCCGGAGACAGCCGUGGUGGGUGAUGCUGGAAGGCUCACUGCCGAGUUUGGGUGCCGGUCUUUGGUGAGCGAGGGCGCGGGCUGUGUGCACGCGGCCAGUGGUCGGGAAGCUUCCUGCUGAGUCCCACGUGUGCCCCCCCCCCCCGCCAGCCGCCCAUGAGACCAGAUGCCCUUCCAUUCCCAGAUGAAGGGGUCUGUUGCCCCCCGCCGCCGGCACGCUGCCUCCCCCGACCAGGUGCAGAGCAAGCCGGCAGCCUCUGGGCUCAGCCUCCCUGUGACCCACAAACCUGAGCCUCUCCCAGCCGUGGGCCUGCCCUGCGGGACUGCGACACCCGUGUGCUCAGGUGCCCUCUGACCAGGGCCCUGUGUGGAGACGCUUCGGGGAGACCCAGGUUGAGCGUGGAGCCUCCACGCCUCCUCCAGCCAGGCCACACAUGGGCCUGCCCUCCAGAAAGAUCUGAGGGCUCCCGGGAGGGAGUGGGGGCACCUCGGGCAGGCCCGUGGGAGCUUGUCUCAGCCCCUGUGCCCGAGAGCAGCGGUUGGCGGGGGGCGGGGGGGGUCUGGGCCCGAAGGGCCGCACUCCUGGGGAUCCGAGCCAGCCUUCUGGCCCAGAGGUGAGCCACACUGUCUCCGCCUCUUUCUCCCCUGACCUGGGCCCACCUGGGGUUGGAGCUGCCUGGGCCUGGGGCCCCAAGGCCACUCAGGACCUAGCCCUCCUGGAACUGAGAGGCGGCCAUCCUCAGGCAGCCACUGGGGGUGUGGGGGGGGAUGGGGAGGCUUGGCCCCCAUCCCCCUCUGUAGCUUCCCUUCCCAACCCUGAUGUGCACUUUAAUUUGACCAUCCCUGAGGACCCUGGGGAGACAGGCGGCUGGCCUGUCCUGGCCGUCCGCAGAAGGGCUCGCACGCUCGCUCUCCCUGUCCCCCCCGCCCCCCAACUCCAGAGUGAGAGCGGCCCCCAACCUGAGGCCGGGACACGAAGGGGUGCCCGUGGCCCGGUGACGGCGGCAGCGCCCGCACAGAGAAGGCCUGACCGCUGCUCAGGCCAGCACAAUGUCCCGCGACCUCUGUCCCUUAAUCGUGUGUAACCGCCGUCCGUCUCGUUGUCCCAGGUAGGGAAGGCAGGAGUGAUGUGUGAAACUUCAGUACUUCAAUGUGAAUGGGUCCUGAGCUCCCCUGAGCCCCAGGCGGGCCAGGCCGAGCGUUUUGCACUAAUGUGUCCCGCAGCGGACGUGGGUCCAGAGCGUUUGCGGACGGGCGUGGCUGAUGAUUGUAUCUGCCGGGGCGCUCCCUCCGCGUCCAGAAUGUUCCGCGGGGCGGGCGGCGGCGGGCCUGGGCUGGGAGGGGCCGACCAGAGUGCCUUAGCAUCUUCUGAUCAUUUUUCCCAAGGAAAACCCGUUAAAACCGGACCCUCCCCCUCCUCUGUUUACAAGACGACUAAUGCCUGUCCUGUGAGCGCGACCCCGACUCACCCCGACCCCGUAGAGCGAGAGACAAGCCACUCAGUAUUUAUGACGCGCCUGCACCUGACCCCCCAGCUUGACUAUUAGCAAUACACAUACACUACGUAGACUAACACAGAGCUGAGUUAGACCCGCGCCUUUCUGAGGAGGAGAGAAGGGACUGGACCCCGUCGGGGCGGACGUGGCAGGCGGCCGGCUGGGCCCCCACCCUCGCCCACCCUCCCCGGCGGACGGGCUGUGCCGCAGGAGAUAGUGGGAUGGAGUGCAAAAGGUCCAGAAGUGGGGAUGGGGAGAUGGGACGGGAUACCGUGAGCUGGCGGGGCCGCCCAGCCGGUGCUUGAAUUCUGUCUUGUGUUCUGUGCCGUGUCUGCUGUCACCCAGAGUUCUCUGUGGUCGCUUAAGUUCGCGUUGGAUUCAUGCGUCUUGCCUUGCCCCCGACUGUGGCCGUGGCUGUGGGUGCGUGGCCACGGGGAGGGACGGUCCUGGGAGCCCCCCAGCUGCAGUCUGGUUCUGGGGCGGUUGUGUUUGGAGCUGGGAGGGGGGCAGGGGGUGAGGGCUUGGGGGAGGACAGGGACUCUAGGGUGCCCGGCCCUGACGUCCCCUUGAAGGGCAGAAGGUUCUAGUACCAGCCCUGUGCCACCCCCGCCACUUACUGCUUAGCUCCCCCUCUCGGGUUAUUUUUAUGGAAGUGUCUUGAUGCCAGUGGAAGGCCGAUGGCCCAUUAACCACCUGAAAACUGUGAGAAAACCUCUGUUUGCCUUUGCCAGCAGUAAAUCCUACACACAGAGCUGGGAGUCUGGAGCUGCUGUUCCAGAAUGUUGCUGGUGCGUAAGUUUGUCCUUCUGUCAGCCAGGCAGCUCCGCGCGUCACCCGCCGCCGGCUGGAGAGCGUUAGGGCUUUGGUACAAGACGUUUCUAACGCGCCAAAAGGUUUUGGGUUUUGUUUGUUUGUUUGUUUUGUUUCUUUGGAAAAAAAAAACAUGCAAAGGAAAAUUAUGCAGAAUCUAAAGCAUUCGGAUUGGACAACCUGCUUGAAUUCCAAUCAACUCCUUCGUUGUUAGCGUUUUGCACAUGAUUGUAAUUUUUAUGUCAAAAGAAGCCAAAACUUGCAAUACUAUUUUUAGCAGACAAAAAAAAAAGAACUAAGUAUAAAAUGUAUAAAUAUUUUUGACUUGAACAUUGGAUGGCACUGGGUGCAAACAGACCGUUCAUCCUCUGGACGGAGCGUUUGGGAAAAAGAGCCUUUUUACAAAGACAUGGUUCCUGUCCAGUCUGGGAGGGGUUAAGUCCUGCUGUAACUCACGACUGUUAAACAAUAAAUAAAUGAAAUCACUGUUCCUUGUGCCGUGGAGCAGGUUUGUUUUCCUAGAACCAUCCCCGCCCCCGUCCGCCCCCCCACCCGCCCAGCGAGCAAGCUCGUCCCCCCCCUUCCCGCAGGUGCGUCCUCCCUCCUGCCGGCCCCCAGACCCCGCCGCUCAGCAGAGUCAGCGCUGUCGCCUUUGCUGCCGCAGUAGUCCCAGCCUGCAGAGACGUCCACCGGCCGCCAGGAAACCCAGGGCUUCCGCGGCGAGCGGAGCCCGAGCAGGACAUGGAAGUCCUUGCAAACAGAAGGAUGUGAUCGUUACUUGUAAAGCGCUUUGUAAAAUUCACAUUUACAGAAUAAUAAAGUCAGUUCAAACCCAA